UGUAAUGUGUAUAUUUACUGAUUUUUCCAAAAAAUAAAGAAUAUUGCCUAUAAAGUUGCUAUCUUUUUAUGUUAUUUGGUUUCAUUUACUGAUCAGAAAUUAAAGUAGCUAGAAGUAGAAGAAGAAGCUGAAGGUUUUCAAGAUUUUGAUUUUAUUGGGGUGACUCUGAAUAUAAUUCAGAAUUUGAAAGAAGAGUGAUGCAAUGAGGGAUGAGUAUUCAAAGAAAAGCAAGCUAUCUUGGUCCAGAAAAUUGGUUAGGAAGUGGUUCAAUUUAAAGGGCAAAACUGUUGAAUUUGAAUCUGAUGAAUCUGUUUAUGGAGGAAGUUAUGAGUGGAGAACAAGCAUCUCGGAGUGGGAACAUUGCGCUGUCAAGAAGACCAAAACAGAGAAAUCAACCAGGGGUAUGGAGCAUCUCCCACGGGGGAGUGUUAGUCUUGAUCGCCCUAAGAUUAUAAAUGUACAAGAUUAUAGACUCUUUGUGUCUACAUGGAAUGUCGGCGGAGAAUCGCCACUGAGCAAUUUGAAUCUAGAUGAAUGGCUUCAUUCCUCACCCCCUGCAGAUAUUUAUGUGCUUGGAUUUCAGGAAAUUGUUCCUUUAAAUGCUGGUAAUAUUCUGGGAGCCGAAGACAGUGGCCCUGCCAAAAAGUGGAUCGCUUUGAUCGGGGAGACAUUAAACAACGGUCCUGGUACUAGUGGAGGUAAUGGUUGCUACACUUCUUCUCCUGUUCCAAUUGCCGAGUGGAAUGCUGACUUUGAGGGGUCAAAUAGAUACAAGGCAUCGUCCUUCUCUCAUCGUUGGUCAGUUCAGACACCUCAGUGCGGGAGCGUGGAAAAUGAUCCAUCAAUCUCGCAACUUCGAGUGGAUGGACGAUACAGUGUUUGUGAUCGAGUAAUUUUUGGACAUAGGUCUAGUGAUUUUGAUCCUAAUAGGGAGCAGAGGCCAAGUGACUUUUCAUCUUCUCGCAGACCAAGUGACUAUACCUCUAUUCACAGGCCAAGUGAUUAUUCAUCUGGUCAUAGACCUAGUGACUAUUCCUGCGGACAAAGACCAAGUGAUGUCUCCAGAUGGGGCUCAUCGGAUGAUGAAUAUGGACCUGGAGAUUCACCUACUGCUUCGUUUUCCCCUUUGAGGAAUGGAGGGUAUGCUCCUGCAGAAGAUGGUUAUAGAAUGCCCAGAAAUUCAAACUACUGUUUGGCAGCAAGUAAACAAAUGGUUGGCAUUUUUCUCACCGUAUGGGUGCGGAGUGAUUUGAGGGAACAUGUUCGGAAUAUGAAAGUAUCAUGUGUCGGCAGAGGGUUGAUGGGGUACCUUAGGAAUAAGGGAUCUAUUUCAAUCAGUAUGCAGUUACAUCAAACAAGUUUUUGCUUUGUCUGCACUCACUUAACCUCUGGUCAGAAAGAGGGUGAUGAGUUGCGCAGAAAUUCUGAUGUCAUGGAGAUCCUAAAGAAGACAAGAUUUCCACAAGUUAGUGGUGUGGAUGAAGAGAAGUCACCAGAAACUAUUCUUGAGCACGACCGGGUUAUUUGGCUUGGGGAUCUGAACUAUCGAAUUGCACUCUCUUAUCGUUCUGCAAAAGCACUUGUUGAGAUGCAAAACUGGAGAGCAUUGUUGGGAAAUGAUCAGCUGAGGUUAGAACAGAGACGUGGUCGGGUUUUUGAGGGAUGGAAAGAAGGAAAGAUAUAUUUCCCACCAACAUAUAAAUAUUCUAGGAAUUCAGAUAGGUAUUCUGUUGAUGACAUGCAACCAAAGGACAAGCGUAGAACACCUGCAUGGUGUGAUCGUAUUUUGUGGCAUGGUGGGGGUCUCCAACAGUUGUCUUAUGUCCGUGGGGAGUCUAGAUUUUCAGAUCAUAGACCCGUUUUCAGUGUGUUUUUGGCCGAGGUUGAAUCAGAACGCAGUAGAUUGAGGAAAAUGAGACGUUCAAGCUCAAGAAUUGAGGUGGAGGAGCUCUUGCCCUACUCACAUGGUUAUACCGAGCUCUGCUUCUUUUGAAGUAGAAGUGAGGACAUAAAGCCUCAGUGUCUGGUGUGCUCCCCUUUUUUAUCUAGAUUCAGGCAGGCGUUGAUUUGGAAAAACUCAAUCGCAAAGGGGGACUGGGGACCAUCCAUAUCCCACAAAUUGAAAAAGAACCUUGGAGCUUGGUGGCUUUGGUGAGAUUAUGGCCAGCCAUGCAAGAGAGCACGGUGUGUCAGCACACUUGAUGUCUGAGCCGUGGCUACGAGUCUUCUUUUGCUAUCUGAGUUA